AUGGGGAACAUGCCUUCCGCUGUGAAGCACUGUCUGAGCUACCAGCAUCUUCUCCGGGAACACCUCGGAGUCGGGGACCCAGUGGCUGGGGCGCUUGAGCCCGCGCAGGCAACACAAUUAUCAGGAUUUCCUGAGUAUGUUAAAAUAGUAGAAGUUGGACCCAGGGAUGGCUUACAAAAUGAAAAGGUCAUUGUACCUACAGAUAUCAAAAUUGAGUUUAUCAACCAACUUUCCAAAACAGGAUUAUCAGUAAUAGAAGUAACCAGCUUUGUAUCUUCCAAAUGGGUACCUCAGAUUGCAGCUGGGGCCACAGAGGUGUCAGUAUUUGGGGCAGCAUCAGAGUCAUUCAGUAAGAAGAACAUUAAUUGUUCUAUCGAAGAAAGCAUGGAGAGGUUUGAAGCAGUUGUUAAGUCAGCAAGGCAUAUGAAUGUUCCAGUGCGAGGGUAUGUUUCUUGUGCCCUGGGAUGCCCAUAUGAAGGACACAUCGCACCUGAAAAAGUGGCCGAAGUGUCUAAGCAGUUGUAUAGCAUGGGCUGCUAUGAGAUCUCUCUGGGGGACACAAUUGGAGUGGGAACUCCUGGAAGUAUGAAAAGAAUGUUGGAAAGUGUUAUGAAAGAAAUCCCACUAAGUGCUCUUGCUGUUCACUGUCAUGACACAUAUGGGCAAGCUUUAGCAAAUAUUCUUACAGCUUUGCAGAUGGGAAUCAACGUUGUGGACUCAGCUGUGUCUGGAUUAGGUGGAUGUCCUUAUGCAAAAGGAGCUUCUGGGAAUGUAGCAACAGAGGAUUUGAUAUAUAUGCUGAAUGGUCUGGGACUCAAUACAGGAGUGAAUCUUUACAAAGUGAUGGAAGCUGGGAGCUUUAUUUGUAGAGCUAUAAAUAAGACAACAAAUUCUAAAGUAGCACAAGCCUCCUUCAGUGUUUGACAUCAAUGAAGUUGGAUUGUGAAACCUGGAAGCUCAGUCUCACCUACAUACAUCUCAUCUGAAAACCAUUACUGUCACUUUAUUUGGAAAUUUGAUGGGCAGAAGUAGAACUAGGCUCUAAAAAGAAGAUUGUUGAUGCAAAGCAUAGCCUGGAUACCAGGUAAAUAGAAGGAUUUGCGGAUAAAUAAUAAAACAAUUCACUGUAUAGACAUAUUAGAACUUGGAGAAUGUCCUCUAUUGCUGUGACAGAAAUAACUUUUUAAUUCACUUGAAAAUUGACUGCAGAUUUCCCCAAUAUUGAAGACUUGGUUAAUACUUAAUCAAGUUGGUUCAACACAGCGUACAUUUUUUCAGUAGUUUAUGAGAUUCCACAUAGUGUGUGGCCCUGAUAUUACACAUUUUGCUCCUGGAUCUCAACUUUCUGUUUGCCAAGUCAGUUAAGUUAUGAACGAAGAGCCAAAUCUUAAUAUGACCCUAAGUGAUUUUAGCAAUAAGACUUUUGUAUUUCAACUAUAGUUAACAUCUGUUAACUAUUUGAAUGACUUUAUCUUGUUCCAAGAGGUUGUGGUCAAUGGCAACACGCCAUAUCCUGGGAACAUAUUAGGACCUCCCAUAUUUGUUACAUGCAUCCAGUUCACCAUACUUCCCUUUUCAUCAGUUAUAGUACACACCAAUAGACUUACUCAACAAUAAAGAAAUUGGAGGUAGGAUUUCCAUCCCAUUUACUUCAUACCAUAAAAGAGAAUGAUUCUGGCUCUACUUUUAGCACAUCUUGUUUUCACAUUUUUUUCAGGUUCCACAUUGCCCUUGUAACUCU